AGGGCAAGACAACUCAAGUUGGAAUCAUAUUUGUGGGUAAAGAUUUGGAUUCUUCCAAUUAAAUUUCUAAUUAAGUUUUAAUUCAGACUUUACAGUUUUAAAGAUUGAUCCUUUUGUCAUCAAACUAAUUCAUCAGUUGAUGAUGUUAAGUGUUUUGCGAGUGUAAAAGCAAGGAAUUUCUAGUUUGAGUACGAUUGUGUAUAAAAGCAAGGAAUUUCUAGUUUGAGUACGAUUAUGUAUAAAAGCAAGGAAUUUUAAUUUGAGUGCAUAAGAAUAAAAGCAUUUUGCAGCUCAAAGCCACGUAAAUAGUAAGUUAUUUCUUUAAUCAUGGCUUAGAUUUUACGUGGAAGGCAGAGACAGCAUGGUGGAGGUCUAUAAAUAUGCAAUGGCCAUUGCUUCCCCCAUAUGCCUUUCACCCUUUUACAACCAGAGCCCUUUAUAGCAUUUCCCACCAACCAAAAACACAAAAUGGCCCAAGGAUCUCUCUAUCACAUCACUGGGGAGAUCAUUAGGAAGCUACGUUUCCUAGACGUCCAUGAUAUUGGAGUAUGUUGUGGUGUCGAAGAUGAGCUUCAAAAACUCAAAGCCGAAUUCUCUGUAAUUCAGGAUGUACUCCUUGUUGCUGAGAAAAUGCGGAAUCCAGAUGUGCAAGUCAAAGAUUGGCUUGGAAAGUUUCAAGAAGUUGUUUAUGAUGCUGAUGAUUUGGUAGAUGACUUGGCCACUGAAGCUCUAAGGCGACAUGUGAUGACUGGAAAUAGAAUGGCUAAGGAGGUAAGCCUUUGCUUUUCGUCUUCAAAUCGGCUUGUUUAUGGUUUUAAGAUGGGUCAUAAAAUCAAGGCAAUUAGACAGAGUCUAGCUGAUAUAGAGGCUAAUAGAAACCUUAAUUUGGAGGGUAGAUCUCUAAUUGCGGAGAGUGGGUAUACUACUAGGAAGAGGGAUCAAGCUGAUUCCUUUGCGUUUGAAGUUGUAAUAGGGAGAGAGAGGGAGAAAAAAGAAAUUGUGGACCAUUUAUUAGAUUCCAACAGUGAAGAGAAUGUUUCAGUUCUCUCAAUUGUUGGAAUUGGGGGAGUUGGGAAAACCACACUUGCUAAACUUAUCUUCAAUGAUGAGAAAGUUAGAGAACAUUUUGAUUUAAAGUUAUGGGUUUCUGUAUCAGAUAAUUUUGAUGUGAAAAUAAUUGUUAAAAAAAUCUUGGAGUCUGCAAAGUGUGGCAUGUUGGAAGAUCUUGUGCUAGAAACAUUGAUACGUAAGCUUAGAGAAAUUAUGAAUGGAAAGAAAUACUUGUUAGUGUUAGAUGACGUUUGGAAUGAAAAUAUUGAAAAAUGGCUUGAUUUAAAGCAAGUGUUGAUGUGUGGUUCAAGGGGAAGUAGGAUCUUAUUAACCACUCGCUCUAUAAGGAUAGCACAAAUAGUUGGCACACAGCCACAUCAUUAUCUAGAGGGCUUAACUAUGGAGGAAUCUUGGUUUUUGUUUAAGAAAAUAGUAUUCAAGGGACAAGAGCCAAAGAGUUCAGAAGUGGUAGAAAUUGGAAAGCAAGUUAUAAAGAAAUGUGUUGGAGUUCCUCUUGCAAUAAAUGCAAUUGCGAGUAUUUUAUUGUUCAAAGAUCCUGAAAGAGAAUGGUUGCCUUUUUUAGAAGGUAAUCUUCUUAAUUUAGCUGAUGAUGACAUUUUCGAUGUACUCAAAUUGAGCUAUGAUGAACUCCCAUCCCAUUUGAAGUGCUGCUUUGCAUACUGUGCAUUAUUUCAAAAAGAUCAUGUAAUUGAUGUGAAAACGUUAAUUCAUCUUUGGGUUGCACAAGGGUUCAUUCAGUCAUCAAACUCUAAGUGUGUUGAAGACAUUGGGAUUGAGUAUUUUAAAGAAUUGUGGUGUAGGUCAUUCUUUCAAGAGGUAGAAAGGGAUGAAUUUGGCAAUAUAGAAAGUUGCAAAAUGCAUGAUUUAAUGCAUGAUUUUGCAAUCUUUGUUGCUGGGGAAGGGAUCCGACAUAUUCCAUUUGAUUCUGAUUCAUGGUCGUGGAAUCAUUUUCCAAUCGAGUUGGUAAACAUGAAAAAGUUGCGAACUUUACUUUUACCAUCAGGGAAUCAGAACAGAUGGAUAGAUGAAGAGUUAAGCCAUUACAAAGCUCUGUUUUCAAACUGUAGAAGUUUACGAGUCCUUGAAGUACAUUAUUUAGAUAUCCAGAAAGUGCUGCCGUCGGUGAAAAGGUUGAAACAUCUUAGAUAUAUUGAUUUUUCUGACAAUCAUGAACUCAAUGAACUUCCAGAUUCCAUCACUAAGCUACUCAAUUUACAAGUCCUGAAUGUGUCUGGCUGUGAUAGUCUUAAAGAGUUGCCCAAAGAUACUAGAAAGUUGGUGAAUCUUAGGCACCUCUAUUGUGAGCGAUGUUGGAGCCUGACCCAUAUGCCUCGUGGGCUAGGACAAUUGGCUUCUCUUCAAACGUUGUCCUGUUUUGUAGUAGACAGUUCACUCUCAAAGCCUGUUGCUCGCUUGAGCGAAUUGAAUAGGCUGAAUGAUUUGAGAGGACGUCUAGUGAUUAGAAAUCUGGGAUGUCUGAAAGACGGGAUGCGUGAAUUUGAGGCUGCUGAUUUGAAAGCAAAGCAAUAUCUUCAGUCAUUGAUUUUAAGUUGGGAUCAAGAUGAUUAUGAUGAUGACUGUGAGCAUAUGGCAUUGGAAAAUGUUCAAGUACCCCCAAAUCUUAAAGAGCUGAAGUUGUUCAAUUACAGUGGCUCAAGGCUCCCGAGUUUGAUUUCUUCUAAUGCCAAUCUAGUUAAUAUUUCGAUUGCAUAUUGCAGAAGAUUGCAGCAUCUCCCUGUGCUGCAUAAACUGCCUUGUCUUAAAAAGUUAAAGAUUGAUGGGUUGUGUGAUUUAGAGUACAUAGAUUAUGAGGAGGAUGAUUGCUUAAGCGGAGGGGAAACAAUCUUCUUUCCAUCGUUGAAGUAUCUCAGGCUCUGGAACUGUCCGAAUCUGAGAGGAUGGAGGAAGAAGGGGGAUGAUUCAACAUUAGAGCUACUCCAAUUUCCUUGCCUUUCCACGUUCAUUUGUUCAAGAUGCCCUAAUUUGACUUGGAUUCAUCAGCUUUCCUCUCUCGAUGAACUUCUGGAUUUGGACGAUGCAAGCAACCAACUUUUGCACCAUAUAUUCACAACGUCAAUAUCUUCUUCUUCUUCCUCAGUCAUUCCUCCUCUCUCAAAUUUGAAGAAGCUGUGGAUUGAGAACAUGGCUGAUCUUGAUUCUCUACCAGAAAAUGCACUGUGGAGUCUUGCUUCUCUUCAAGAAUUAAGAAUUUUGAAUUGCCCAAGAUUAAGGUUUCUGCCUCCAGAGUUGCGUUUCCUCACCUCUUUACGACAGUUGGAAAUUUCUAAAUGUCCCCUGUUGGAGGAAAGAUAUGGAGAUCUCGAUCAAAUGGAUGCAGAUUGGACUUCAAUUUCUCACAUUCCAAAUAUUCAAAUUGGUGACAAAAGAAUUCAGCAGGAGGCCAGUUUUCUACUGGAGAGGAAAAAUCCUGCACAAUCUGACAAUAAAUUAUGAAGUAUCAAAUGCCCAGCAAUUUGCGCACUCUAUUCCUCUGCUAAUGAGCAACAUAUUAAAUUCGAUGGUUUUCAUGGAGAGUAAAGGAUUACCUCAGAGAAUUUAAUGCUUUUGUUCAGCAACAUUUUACAAGUCAAAUGCAAGAAUCAAGCACAAGGAUAACACAG